AUGCAGACCGUCCGUUUUUUCCUCAACCGCGCAGGCCUCCAUUCGAUUUACCUCUCCUUCUCCGAACCCGAGCAUCUUCCCACUCUCGGCGCCUGCAUCGCUCACAGCAGCCCCUCCCUCACGUCUCUCCACCUGCAGCUGCAAUCCACUGCAGCACUUGGCUUCUUUAAUGAGGAGAAUUACAGGCCAUGGGCGCUGGGUUUUCUCAAGGAAUGCGCCCAGCUGCGGGAGCUGAAUCUGGGGUGGGGCAUGUGGGAUCUCGGCAAGCAGUCUAUCAACGUGGCGUGGCUCAAGUCAGUCGGCAAGCUGACCCUCUAUAGGGUGCUAUACAGGGAUGCGAGCCUUCAUUUCCUCGAGUCCAUCGCGCCGCAGCUGACCGAGUUCACGCUAACGGAGGAUGGUGACCUGCAACUCCUUGGUCCCUCUCCUGUCUCUGAUGGAGCGGCCUUAUCAUUUCCCAACGCCCGUUUCCUCCGCCUCCGCUUUGCCAGAAACGAGCUGAAGCUCACCCUCAAAGCCUCGUCCACGCUCAAGACUUUCUCAGUCGUGGCCAAGCGGCUUGACCUCUCCUGCAAGAGCACUGGCCCUCUCGCUCUCGACCAUCUCUUGCUGUACGGCCAGGAGCGGCUCGCCAUCUCCUCCCUCCCUCUUGCAUCCGUCAAGGUUGCUUACUUGGACGGACUUCUGCGGUUCCUCUUCUUCCCCUCUUGCAAGUGGCAGGAAGCCCCCACACCGGCUGCACUCCAGCAGCACUACCCCGCCCUGGCGCUCUAA